CUUGGAGGAUUGGUCAGAAGCUUAGAGCAAAGAAGCCAAAAGAUCUGUUAGUUGCAUUUUUCAGACCAUUAUCUAAAAUGAUGGUGAAAGUUACAAAGUUUGUGAUUUCUCGUCCCAUUUAUGUCUUCUUCUUUCUGGUAUUUCUGGUGAUUGUUUUGGGGAGCAUACCGAUCACUAUUUGGCACAGAUCAACGAAGAACAUAACAAACGACGUCGGUUUAUACACUGAAGAUCUCCAGUCAAGUCUAACGAAUUCAGUUACAAUCGGUUUAGCUAGAGUUAUAGAUUCUUAUCUCACCAACAACAUUACUAAUUUCACAGAGAUUCAAACACAGAUUGCACCAAUGUUGUUUCGAGCUUAUUCUAUGAUCCCUCAAGUCUCACAAGUUUCUUACAUUAGCACAGAUGGUCUCUUGUUUUCUUACAUAACAGAACUAAGCACAAGUGUCGCUGUUUUUGCCAAUUCUUCGUUGAACUUAAAUGUUGGUGGAAACUACACUUGGUACACUCAAACCGUUGAUCAGAUAACCGGUAAUCUCAACGGGAAUGCAACAAAAUAUCAGCCGUUAGAUGUAACUCAUACAGAUUGGUUCCAAGCAGCACAUGAAAAUUUUACCUCUGCUUUUGUGGGUAUUGGUUUGGGAGGAGGAGGAGGAGAAGAUAAGGAGACUCUGUUUCAGAGAGUGGCUAGCUUGUCCAACAAGAAAGGAUUUGUUUUGUUAGGGUUUCUUGUUAAGACGUUAACCGGUGUUUUGAACCGUUUGAAUCUACACGGAGGAGAGUUUUACAUGUGGAAUAAGGACGGGACAUUUCUUGUUCAUCAAGGUUCACUGAAUGCUUCUUUCUUCAUCUCCAAUGGUUCGACUUGCUUCGAUAAAAAAUCGAAAUCCUUUCAGCCUCAAUGCAUCCCUGCAAACUGCAGUUCCCAUGGCUGUCUGGUGGAGAUAGAAAGAUCCAAAUUCGAAGCUUUUAGCUCUGUUCUUGAAGUUUCCGGCGUGCCUCUGAGAUUCACACUCAUGUUUCCUAAGAAUGGAGGAGGACCAAGCAACAUCAAGAACGCAUCGAUGUAUCUGCUUAUUGUGACGAUGUUCUUAGGCUUAUGCUGGCCUCUAGGGUUUGUGGCAUUGAUGCUGCAAGCAGCAAGAAGAGAGAUGCAUAUGCGUACAACGUUAAUAAACCAAUUCGAAGCAACACAACAGGCUGAGAGGAAAAGCAUGAACAAGAGUCAAGUAUUUGCAAGAGCUAGCCACGAUAUUAGAGGUUCACUUGCAGGAAUCACCGGUCUGAUUGAUCUAUGUCGUGAAGAAGUUAAACCUAGCUCUGAGAUAGACACUAGUCUUAAGCAAGUAAAUGUAUGGGCCAAGGAUUUGGUUGCUCUGCUUAACUCUGUUUUGGACAUGAGCAAAAUCGAAAGCGGGAAGAUGCAUUUAGAGGAAGAAGAGUUCAACCUAGCGAAGCUUCUUGAAGAAGUCAUCGAUGUUUUUCAUCCCUUGGCGAUGAAGAAAGGUGUUGGUGUGGUUUUGGAUAUGCACGAUGGAUCGGUUUUCGAAUCCCCAAAUGUGCGAGGAGAUAGCGGAAAACUAAAGCAAAUCCUAAACAAUCUUGUGAGCAAUGCGUCAACAGCCACAUAUCGAUCUGAGCUUGGGCUCAUAGGCCUGGUUCCAAGAGCUCUGUGGUCUUGGCAGCAAACCCUAAAGGAGAAUAAAGACAAGUCAUCAAGCUAUGAGAUAGACAUAUUGAAAAACAAUGCGAACAUGAUGGAGUUUGUGUUUGAAGUGGAGGACACAUGUAAAGGUAUACCAGUGGAGAUGCGUAAAUCGGUAAGAGAAACAGCUCAAGGACAACAAGGAACUGGAUUAGGACUUGGAAUUGUGCAAUCUCUGGUUAGAUUGAUGGGAGGGGAGAUAAGAAUCACUGACAAGGAUAUGGGAGAGAAGGAAACUUGUUUCCAGUUCAAUGUUCUAUUGAAAACAUCAGAGUCUACAGUGAGUGACAUGAAAGGGAGACAAGACAUCGAAACAGGAGGUGAUCACGUGUCCACACCAAACCUAGGUUUGGCUAUAAAAACUUCGUUGGGAGGUAACAUGAACAUAUGGAACAUGAGCCCUAGAUUCAACAACUGGCUAAGCUCGAGUCCAAAGCAAAAAAGGUCUCGAGUUGUUCUCCUUCUGAAAGAUGAAGAACGUAGAAGAGUCACAGAGAAUUACAUAAAGAGUCUUGGAAUCAAAGUCACAGUGGUAGAAAGAUGGGAGCAUUUGAAUCACACAUUGGAGAGAUUUUCUAGGGUUUCACCUCAGGGCUCCAUGGGAAGAGCAGAGUGUAUUUCAAGAAACGAAAGCCAUAUUCUUAAGAGAAGAAGCAACAGUUUCUCUGCAGUUUUUCUUCUGGUGAUUGAUGCGAAAACGGGACCAUUCUCUGAGCUUUACGACAUUGUGGAACACUUUCGUAGAGGCUUUCAAAAUGGCACAUCCUGUAAAGUUGUUUGGCUUAACGAACAGAGCGGACAAGGAAGUGAGAGAGGGGACAUUAGCUGUUCUAAACCUUUACACGGAUCACGUCUUAACCGAGUGCUUAAGAUUUUGCCUGAAUUUGGAGAAACCGAGCCAAAAGAAGAUGAGUUCUUAAGUGGGAAGAGAGUUCUUGUGGUCGAUGAUAAUCUUGUAACAUCCUCGGUUGCAGCAAGAAAACUGAAGAAGACGGGAGUGUGUGAGGUAAAACAAUGCGACAGUGGUAAAGAAGCUGUGAGAUUAGUCAGUGAAUGGCUUACACAAAGAGAGCAACAAGGUUCAUCAACAGAAACGCUUCCCUUUGACUACAUUUUCAUGGACUGUCAGAUGCUAGAGAUGGAUGGAUAUGAAGCAACAAGAGAGAUUACGAAAGUGGAGAGAGGAUAUGGGGUGCAUAUACCAAUUAUAGCUGUAUCAGGCCAUGAUCCUGGUUCAAAGGAAGCAAGAGAAACCAUAAAAGCUGGAAUGGAUGUCUUCUUGGAGAAAAAUCUGAAUCAGGACCAACUUGUCAAGGUCAUUAGAGAAAUCAAAAGCAAGGUCUGCUACAAGCAACUC